UUGUGCGGCCUUGUUGCCUCCGCCUCUGCCCACUUCCAGCUCCAGUACCCACCCCCUCGUGGCGAGUUUGUCGAGGAUGCCGAACCUGGCUUCUGCGACGGAUACACUAGCGCAGUUGCGAACCGUUCGACUUUCCCUCUUGGCCAGGGUGGCUUCAUCUCCAUCAACUCCGAGCACCCCAAGUGGGCCUUGGGAGGAGUGAUCGCGACGGUGCAAAACCCGACGAGCUUCAACGACUUCCGCGACAGCAGCAACAACUUCCAAACGUUCCUGCCCUUCUUCGGCACCACCGGCGAAGGCCUCUUCUGCGUCCACGUCGACCUCAACUCGACCAGCGUCAGCGGUGUCAAGGAGGGCGCCAACGUCACCCUCCAGUUCAUCUUUGACGGCGGCGACGGCCAGCUCUACCAGGUAUGCACGAAUGCGUGUGUGCAGUUGGUUAUCGCUGACAGAAGACGCCCCCCAGUGCGCGACCUCACGCUCUCCUCCAACUUUACGAUCCCUGCGAGUGUCGGGUGCUCGAACGCGACGGCGAACGCCGUGGCUACCCCUGUGACCACCUCUGUCGCCGCCAGCUCGACCGGCACGAGUGGCACGAACGGCACGAGCGGCACGAACUCGACCACCCCUUCCUCGGCCAUGGGCGGUUCGCUUGCGGGCGUGCAGGCGCUCGGUGCUGCCAGCGUCGUC